AUGGAUCUACCAAAUAAUAUUAAAGAAGAUAACUGUACUAGCAAUGAUUGUAAUAUGUCAAAUGAUUUAACAAAUUGCAAUGAAUCUGUGGAAUUUAGAGGAGAUAUGGAUGCCUCUUUUAAUUCUGAUAAUUUUUCAAUUUCAUUUCAAGACAUUUCAAUGGUAUUGCGUGCUAGGCCGGACAUUAAUGUUUUUUAUAGAACACCUUGUUCUGGCUCUAAUCGAUUUACAAGACGUAGUUCUUCUGUCAGAAUGGCUGUUGGUUUGGAUUUUAAUUUAGUUUUUAUUAAAAAAAUUUUAUUUAAAGAUUAUUUUAGCAAAUUGCCUGACUUUUUGCUUUUACAAAUUUUUAAGCAUUUAAAUAAACAUGAUUUGGUUAGAAUUAUGAGAACAUGUCGAGUUUUUAGUCAAUUGGGUAAAAGGCUAAUUGAUGAAUUAUCUUUACAUUCUUUACUUGAUCGUAAAAUGGAAAUUUUACGUUUAACAGAGGCAGAGUUGACAGAAUCUCCACAAUUUAUUUCUUCCUACGAAAUUAACAUUCAAAAUAUUGAAUUAACAAAACUUACACAUUUAGAUCUUAGCCAUGCAACUUAUGAAAAUUCUGAAAUUUUGUUACGAAUUUUUGAACGUUGUCGGAAUUUAGAAGCUUUGAGUUUGGAAAGUUGUUCAAUUUUGAAUGAUGCUAUUUGUAAUGAAAUUGGGAAAAAUUUGGAUCUUCGAUUUUUGGAUUUAGUUUAUGUUAAUAGUUUAAGUGAAACUGGAAUUUACAAUAUUUUAUCAAAUUGUAGAAGUUUGGAAGAAGUUAAUUUUGGUUGGGCAAAUGUUGGAAAUGGAGCAAUAACUUUAAUUUGUAAAUUGGCACCUCCUUCAAUGAUUAGGCUUAAUUUAUCUGGUUUUAGGUCAAAUGAAGAAUUAAAUGACGGAAAUGUUAAACUUCUCUGUUUAUCUUGCCCACGUUUGGAGGAAUUAGAUUUAAGCGAUAAUGAAUUAAUAACUGAACGGGCAUUAGAAGCUAUUUCUUCUGGACUUCGAAAUUUGAAACGAUUAACUUUGUCUCGUUGUUAUGCAAUUGAACCAAUGGCUUUUGUGUCAUUACAAAAUUUGGAGAUAUUAAAUAUAUUUGGAUGUAUAACAAAUGAGGGAGUUGAACUUUUGAGAGAACGUUUACAUCCAACAUUAAUUGAUCAUUCUCCAAUUUGUACAAUAGCAAAACCAACUGUUGGGCUUUCUGUUGCAAGUAUUUGGGGAAAACGAACACGUGAUCGUUAUUAAAUUUAAAUUUAAAAAGAAAAUUUUUCUG